GCUUGCAAUCAGAGUGCGAGAGCGAGAGAGAUAAGAUAAGGCAUCAACUCCACCUUUUGGGCAAUCGUCUCCCCCCCUCUCUCUGUCGUCAAAAUUCAAACACCCAAAAACAGAGACACAUACACGUAGUAGCUUUGCUUCUUUAGUUCUUUGUUUCAAUGGCUUCCUCCUCGUAGAGUGUUUACAGGUUUUUGGGGAACUUGCCCGUAUGGGAAAUUACUCCGACGCCCACAUUUGCCAGUGCCUGAGCCGCCUAGCCACCCUCCGGCCAAAGUCUUCCGUCACAAUCUCAGGCGAACUCCUAAAGACCGGCGAGCAGUUCGUGGAAGGAGUCCUGGGCCUCGCCGGUGGUUUACUCGAACUCGGACUCCGAAAGGGCGAUGUUGUCGCCCUCUGUGCGCUCAAUAGUGAUUUGUAUUUGGAGUGGUUGCUGGCAGUUGCAUUUGUUGGAGGCAUAGCUGCUCCUCUCAACUACAGAUGGAGCUUGGAGGAGGCAACAUUUGCAAUGAAGGUUGUGAGCCCAGUAAUGCUGGUGACCGACGAAUGCUCUAGUUACUGGUAUUCAGACCUUCAGAGAGACAGUAUACCUUUUCUGAGAUGGCAUGUUCUCAUGAAUUCCCCUUCCUAUGACAGCAGAAAAACAUUUUUACUGACGACUCAAACACUUAAGAAGCCUUUAAGAUCUCUAUCAUUCAAUUACAUUUGGGCUCCUGAGGGUGCUGUUAUAAUAUGUUUCACAUCAGGAACCACGGGAAGGCCAAAAGGAGUUACCGUAAGCCAUUCAGCUUUGAUUGUACAAUCCCUGGCAAAAGUUUCCAUCGUUGGUUACAGUGAGGAUGAUGUGUAUCUGCAUACUGCUCCAUUGUUUCACAUUGGAGGUAUAUCUUCAGCCAUAGCCAUGCUAAUGGUGGGAGGUUGCCAUAUCUUGAUACCCAAGUUUGAUGCUAAAUUAGCAGUUGAAACCAUAGAACGAUUUCAUGUGACUUCCCUUAUCACUGUUCCUGCAAUAAUGGCUGACAUUAUUUCCUUAAUCAGGGUGAAGGACUCGUGGAAAGCGAAAGAAACUGUGAGUAAGAUAUUGAAUGGAGGUGGCAGUCUCUCAGUUGAGCUGAUCAAAGAGGUCACCGUAUUUUUUCCAAGAGCCAAGCUUCUUUCGGCUUAUGGGAUGACAGAGGCAUGUUCUUCAUUAACCUUUUUGACCCUCUAUGACCCCAAAAGUGAUAAAUCAAACCACACCUUCAACAGAACUGGAGAUAUGAAGUGCGGUUUGGUUCAUCAACCAGGAGCUGCCUGUGUUGGCAAGCCUGCACCCCAUAUUGAAUUAAAGAUCAGCACAGAAGAUUUUUCGUGUGUUGGAAGGAUAUUAACUAGGGGCCCCCAUGUAAUGCUUGGCUACUGGGGCCAAAUUCCAAUAAAGGCAUCUAAUACCAGGGAUGAGGGUUGGCUCGACACUGGUGACAUUGGCCAGAUUGAUGACUAUGGCAAUGUGUGGCUAAUUGGGCGUGUAAAGGGUCGAAUCAAGAGUGGUGGGGAAAAUGUCUAUCCUGAAGAGGUGGAGGCUAUCCUAUCACAACAUCCAGGAGUUUUGGGUGUCGUUGUGCUUGGAAUUCCAGACACUCGGUUGGCAGAGAAGGUUGUAGCUUGUGUUCGGUUAAGAGAUAAUUGGAAAUGGCUUGAUUCAUGUUCUGAUCACUCAACUGAAAACAAGAACCAAACACUAUGCAGUGAGAGUCUGCAGCAAUUUUGUCGGCAAAAGCAUUUAACUGGGUUUAAAAUACCCAAAAGUUUUGUUAUGUGGAAGAAGCAGUUUCCAUUGACAACAACUGGGAAGUUGAUAAGAGAUGAAAUUAAAAGGGAAGUUAUUUCUAGUAUGAAAAUAUUGCCUAGCUAUCUAUAACCUAACUGGCAGAAUAGGACUGCAGGUAGGAGACCCUAAAGCAUGAAAGGCAAAGCUGAGCAUUGGAAGCAAAAGUCUAAAGCGAUGUUGUUGGCAAAAGGGCCACCAUAAUUUGGUUUGAGUCAGGUUCAAAACAGUUCAUUUAAAGAGAAUUAAUCAUUAUGAGUUAUCUUUUCACCGAGAACCAAAUUUACAUUCUAAUCCAUUAGCUAUGAGUCGAAUGCACAUAUCACCACUGUGUUAGGCUACUGGGGCUCGAGACAGAAAGCUGGAGGCUUGCACAGCUUGAGCUUCGGGAGAGUUCUCAGCAAAUUAAGUAGAACAGCCAUGUCUCUGCUAACAACAUUAUCGAGCACAAGGGAAGAUUCAGAAGAACUUCUGAGCCUACAAGGUUGUCUCUCAUAGUUUGAUCUUUGUAAUGUUGAAAUGUUUAUUAAGCAUCUUAGUUACAUUCAUGUGUUUGUAAUGAAGCCUUAGCUUCCAGUUGGGUCAAUAAUUUAUACUUCAUGGAGAAGCUAGUGAUGCUUUGUUCCUUUAGCAGAAAGUUUCUUUCUUUUCAUAAUGGAAUUUCGUUGCCACGUAAA